AUGCAGGAGACUGCUCCGUUGCUAGACGAUUCUCAACUUGGAGGUGAAACGAGAUCGCAAUCCGCAACGACGACGAAGGUGCCGGAGGUGGAGAUCCAUCUAUGUCUGACUGAGGGAGGUCCGAUCCAUGUUUUCAAGUGGAAUCUUGGAGGUGAGGAGCAGGAUCAUCUCGAGGUUCGACCAAUUUUUGAAAAAUAUGGAUUAGAAACCAUCUACGCUUACACCGUUGACAACGCUCGAGGCGGCGUCGUCCACGUCCCGAUCAAAUUUGACCCUACGAGCGCUCGGUCUCUGCUGACGUUCAGAGAUGGUACCGUCGUUCACAUCAUAGGUAUUAAACAUAAGAAUCCUGUGAUCGAAGCCAUCAAAAAUAUUGUGCUUGCAACCGUGUUUGGUACACUGUUAAAAAUGUUUCUAUUGUGGAUCACUCCAGACAGCAUCCCUCCGUGGGUGGCCGUGUGCAUAAUAAUAGUAGUCAGCUUUGGGAGGAAGAGCAGCAGAGACCUUUUCAAAGACCUUUUCAGGGAAUUUGGCUGGCAAUAUCACAGAUCCUAACACUCUUAUGGCUUGUAAAUGUGGUCGAAAUUGUAACAUCGACCAUAUAUGGAGAUGUUAUCUUGUCUCAACCCAACAAUUUCCCUUCUUUGUUGCUUUGAUAAGGCCUCGUGCGCCAAUAAUCUUGCUUUCAAAACCAAUAGAGAGCAAUCAUUUUCUCGUAUUUGCAUCUUGUUGAACUUGAUAUAAGCUUUUAUCCUAUA